UCCUGUGUGUGGGGCUGCGUGCCUUGAGUCCGGCGGUGGCUGCGGGGCUGCUCGCAGCCUGCCGGUGGCUCCUCCGAGGCCAUCUCCUUCCCCCCCCCCCUCCCACGGCCACCAUGGAGGUCGUGUCCCCCCGGCCGGGGCUGCUGCUGCUGCUGGCCACGCUCUGCCUGCUGGCUUCCCGCGAAGGACCAGCAGCUUUCCUCAUCACCACCCCCUACUCGCUCUGCAUCUGCCCUGAAGGUCAGAAUGUCACCCUGACCUGCCGGGUCAGUGGUCCCCUUGCUGACCACCACGACCUGCUCUACAAAACCUGGUACUUCAGCAGCAAUGGUGACCAGAGCUGCUCCGACAAGAAGCACAUCCGCAACGUCACCGAGAAGGAGCUGCGCCACGACCUGGGCAGGCACCACGAGCUGCUGGGCAACAGCACCCAAAAGUCCCCCUCUGGGGGCCAUCACGGAGUGGAGUUUGUUCCCGACCACCACGGUGCCUUCCACAUCGUGGUGAUGAACCUGACGCUGCAGGACAGUGGGAAUUACUGCUGCUACGCCGUGGAGGCCAAGCGGGAACACAGCAAGCCCCACGCCCUGCAGGUCGCCCAUGGCUUUGUGGAGCUGCAGAUCCAGCAGGGCAGAGGAGGGCUUAAAAACUGCACGUUUCACACUGCCACCAGCAAAGAUAUCACAGCCGCCGCGCUGGCCACGGGCGCCUGCAUCGUGGGCAUCCUCUGCCUGCCCCUCAUCCUGCUCCUCAUCUACAAGCAGAGACAAGCUGUCAGCAACAGACGUGCCCAUGAGCUCGUCAGGAUGGAGAGCAGUGCCCAGGGCAUUGAAAACCCUGUUUUUGAGGCAACCCCCUCAGAGCCACGACCCCGACCCCAGCUCUCCUACAUGGCCAGCAGGCAGCCCUCCGAGUCCGGCCGGCACCUGCUCUCUGAGCCCAGCACCCCCCUGUCCCCCCCAGCCCCCGGGGACUGCUUCUUCCCAACACUGGAUCCUGUUCCCGACUCACCAAAUUCUUUGAAAGAAUGAAGACCCCGGAGGAAAGCACAUCCCCCAGACACAGCCAGGAGAAGCAAGGCAGCCACCACUCUGUCUUCACCCCACCAAGACCCCCUGGGCCCCCAAGACCCCGGCCACGGGCAGCAAAGCCUUACAAAGAGCUGCCAAAUGUGGGAGCCCUGCCCUCACCUCCUCUCCUGGUUCUGCCCCAGGGCUGGGAAUGAACCUCUUCUGCCCGGAUUUUCGGUUUUUAACUGCCUCUUCCUGUGGAGCACAGCUCAUCUUUUAUGGACCAGCUGAAAACUGGGCAUGCAGGGAAGGAAGGACCUGCAAACAAAAUCCCUGAGGAUUUAAGUUACUGCCAGGGGGAUCGAGCUCUGCCAACAUCAACCUGUUUCUGCAGCUUUGACUGAACAUCCUCUCCGGGAGCGGAUGGUAAAGUACUUUAUCCACUGCAAGACAAAACAGGGUCACUGGCCAACCCUGUGCUACCUUUUUUCUUUGCAAAACAGGAAGGGGAGAGGCUCCCUGCUGCUGACAGAGCCCUCCUUCCCCACCAGCCUUCUGAGACAGCCACGGACUUGUGAGCUGGCUGCCUUUUCAGCUGGAGGCACGUCGGGAGGAGCCUUCUUCUGCUGCAAUUUUAUCCCGCGAUUGGGAUCAGGGGAAUGUCUCUGUUUGCUUCAUUAUCAGCACUGAUUAAAA